CAUGCUCUAUGGAUGAGAGUUUAUUCGGCGUGGGUGGAGGGCUUAUUUAUCCUCCGAUUUGGCCGCGAUCCGCUCAGUCUCUACUUUACUACCCAAACUGUUUCAUCAUCAAAAAAAGAGAUUUGUUGGUAACUUCCAUUAUCACCUUCAGCCGCAAUGUCAGGUCGUACCAUAUUAUUCACAACAUUAAUAUUGUUGCCCGCCAUUUUUGGACGUCAUAUCGAAUAUAGUCGAACAAGGAGAGGAUUAGGAGGCGUUAUGAAACAUUCUAGAAACACGAGAAAUGGAAAUAGUAAUGUGAAUCCACAUCUUCGAAUGCGUAGUAUACCACCCGAAUUUCUUUACGUAUCUUUGGGAGAUAAUAAAGUAUUAGAAUGCGAAGCCGGAGGGAAUCCUCCUCCCACCAUUCACUGGUUAAAGAAUGGGAAAAGGAUCCAACAGAAUCCGAUGGAAAUGAACGAAGUGGACGACGGUAAUUUCGAUACUAAUCCUCAGUUGGGUUUAAGUUUUACUAAGUCGCGACUUUUCAUCGAUUGCGCCACCGAACAAGACACGGGCGAAUACACUUGUGUUGCCCAAAAUCCUUAUUAUAGAAUUAGUACCAAUACCAAAAUCGAAACGAAUAACAAAAGUAAGAUAACCGAAGAUGCGUUCUGCCUCACUAAAAAGUCCUACGGUAUUCCUGCCAGAAUAUACAUGUGGACCCACAUAAGAAUGGAAUACACUGGAAGUGACGUUCAGUUAUUCUGUAGGGUAGCCGGAAAACCGGAACCUGCAGUCAAAUGGAUAAAUCAAGACGACGAACUCGUCCAGAAAAGCGAAAAAUACGAAAUUUUAGAUAGCGGAGAUCUGAUCAUUCGUGAUAUCGAUUGGAGCGACAUGGGAAAUUACGUAUGUAUCACAAAGAAUAUCCACGGAACCGAUCAAUCAUCCACUUUUCUUUAUCCAUCAAAGCGAGAAAAAGUGAUGAAUUAAUCUCGAAGCAAGCGUCCAUCGGCAAUGUCGGCGCGCCACUUAACAGCAACAAAAACAGAAAAAAAAAAUUACUUUGAAAUUUGGUGAUAGACUAGGACGCCAUCUGUUAUUUUAACCUAGAACUAUCGAAGGCUUUCUUCAAUUAUUUAAAAUACGUGUUGUAAAAAAAAAAUAGUAGUAAAAAUUGAAAAAUAUCAUUAAAAUAUUUUAUUUCGUAAUAUA